AAAAUUUUUUUCACAAUAUAUAUAUAUAGGCAAAAAUUUUUUGUAAAUAUAUGAAGUAGAAAACAAGGUUAUAAAUAACGAAAAUUUGAAGUUUAUUAUCGUCGAUUUUAAUCGUCCAAAAAAACACGCUUUUAAUCAUAACCCUGCGCGUAACCAGUGAAGAUAAAUUUAUCAUCGAAAAGCCAUUUCUAUUGCUGACAUUUGUCACUUGUCAAAAUGUGAAGUGACGAAUGUCAACGCUCGCAGUACAAGCAUGUUUACCAUGCCAUCAUUCACUCAUUCAAUCCAUCAUGAUUCAACCAUGUCAAAAAAAAAUAUUCCUCCCUUGUGCAAAUUUACCAACAGUUAUUGACGAUUCAAAAUUAAUGUGACUGUACAAGUGCCUUAUAUUAUUAUUAUUAUAUUAUCUCACACGUCAACAAAAUUAUCAAGAAGCCAAUUUUUGACAUAAUUAAAAAAAAACACAUACAUAAAAAUAGUGUCAACAAAAAAAAAAAAAAAAAAAAGAAAGAAAAGAGCAAAAGUCACCAUAUCAACAUGGAAGGUUAUCAUUUUCACAAAAAUUCUCGUUACGCUAAGGAUGGUUUUCAACAGUCGAUUUACCGCUUCCUGGUCACGGACAGCAACCUUAGAACACUUCUUGGCACCGAUUCGAAUUGUGGACCCGUCACCUUUUUCACGUGCGCUGUAGCAGUCACAAUAAUCGCGUGUGCAGUGGCCGGUUUAAGAAUAUCUGAAAUGAAUAAAACACUUGCUGAAAGCCUGGAAAAAGAUUCUGACGAGAAAAUGCCAAGAAAGCAGAGUUUAUUGAGAAUAAAACCCGUCUAUGACUGUGUAUAUAAACAUCUACGUCACAGGGAUCUCUUCCAAGAAAACAUCAAAAAAACAUUAACUAUGGAACAAUUGAAAAUAGAAAAUAUCUGCAGAGACAUGUCAACAAUUUGUCGCCUCUUGGAACCAAAUGAUAAAACUCAAUGGAGAAGGUCAAGGUCACGCAAGGAGUUCAGCAGAGCAAUAAGUCCUGAAGUUAAAUUGAGGGACGAACCUGUCCGAAGAGAAAACAGCUAAUUUUUUACUUUAAACUUUUUUUUUUUUUAUUUUGGCAAACACCAUCAUCGAAAGCAGAAAAAAAAACUUUCUAAAAGUACACGAAUUAUAAAUGAGGCGAAUUUUUUUUAUUUUAUAGUAAUAAAUUAUACAUCAACUAUGUAAAAUUUUCUUUAGAGAAAAAUGUAAAACAGAAAAAUAUUAAAAUUUUAUAUU